AUGGCGUCGACAAUGACUGCAGAACAGCACAAGCUCAGAGGAAACGAGUUCUUCAAGGUCAAGGACCUCGACCAGGCCAUCCAUGAAUACUCAACCGCCAUCGUCAAGGACCCAAAGGUCGCUGUAUACUAUCAGAAUCGGGCCAACUGUUACCUCAAGUUGGAAAAGUAUACGAACGUUGUAUCGGACUGCGAGAGGGUCGUUGAACUCGACAAAAAGUCAGUCAAGGGAUACUACUUUAUGGGCAAAGCGCAGCUGGAACUCGGACAGCCCUCAGAGGCAUACUCUCUUUUGAAGAAAUCAUACGAAUUGGCGCUGGAGCAACGCUCGGCAUUCACAAAGGAUAUCGUUGCGAUCAUUGCGGAGGCCAAGAAACAGCGCUGGAUCGAGCAGGAACGGAGGAGGAUCGCUCAGGUUUCGGAGACAUACCGGUACCUUUCUGGACUCAUCGAGCAGGAUAUUCAGCGUCAGGUCGAUGCCCUUGACAGGGACUCAUUUGAUUAUCAGAACUAUUUGACGGAUUUGCGUUCCGACAAGGAGGAGCGGUUGAAAGAGUUGGAGGCGAUGUCGCAGCGGGCGGGGAUCCCUGACGAUUAUGUUCGGCCUUACAUUGAGCAUAAGAAGUCGACCACCAACAGCAACAAUGGAGUCAUCUCCCCCGAGGCGUCGCCAGAUCCCAUUAGCGCGAUGGAUAUCAACCAGGAACCUUACAAAAAACCGAUCCUAGUACCUGCAGCACCUAGAGAAGUGCCUGACCACCUACUGGACAAGAUCACGUUCGAGCUCAUGCACGACCCGGUGAUCUCAAUCAAGUCUGGAAUCUCGUACGAGCGAAACACAUUGUUGCAGCACUUUAGCUAUGGACGCAUGUUUGAUCCGGUCGCCCAGGUGCCUAUGACUGAGCGCGAUAUUAUCCCGAACCGAGCCCUCAAAGAGGCCUGUGAAGAUUACUUGACCAAGAACGGAUGGGCUGUCGACUACUAG